UGAGAGGAGAACCCUUCUUAUUUGGUGCCACUGUAGCAUGUCUUUCCAUAUUCAUAGAAUACAAACAGAUCUCUCCCAAAUCCCAUAUUCCAUUGCCACAUUUUCCUCAACCUCUCCAAUACUACAUCCCAGUACCGUCCAUAUAUGGCCUAGGAAGUUCCGAGCAGAUCAUGAUGGACAUAAGGUUUUGAAGAAUUCAGAGUUAGGCUGAUCAUGCCUUUUUGAAGGACAUUUUAUCUCUUGAUGUGAUUUUGGUUUACCUGCUGAAUUCAAGAACAGCUUUAAUGGGUGUGGCAAUAUACAGAUGGUUAUAUGUGACUGCAAUUCUAGAAUCUGACGAGAAAGGCUAUACAAGAAGACUUUCAAUGUGGUACUGAUUGAUGGAGUUCUUCAAAAGCUGGUACAAUGUUAUCUGGCUUAUCUUUUCUCUAUCAUCAACAUCAUUUCUUCAAGCCUCAUAUGGCUACGAUCCCGAGUCCUUGAGUACUUUUUUUCAUCAUUAUGCAAAUACCAGUGUAAGCAAUCCUCAUACGGGCAUCUUAUACAAUCUUUCUCUUCCGGCUAAUUUCUCCGGUAUGGAAGCUUCAUUUGCUAGGAUCCUUAGUGCAAAGUUUUUGAGUAGAGGAGUAAAUUUCAGUUCAGUUUAUAUACCACCAAGGGUUAUACCAAUGCCAUAUGUGAAAAGGUUAACUAUAGUGUAUGAGAAUUUAGGCAAUUGGUCUUCAGUUUACUAUCAAGUGUCCAAUUACACAUUGGUUGCUCCUGUUGUUGGCUUCCUGGCUUAUGAUUCUAAUUCAAGUGCAAUAGGAACUCAAAAGCUCAAUUUCAGCACUCUGGGUGACCCAAUUGCAAUCCAGUUUCCUCAUAUUGAUGUGCAAGGGGAAAAACCAAAGUGUGUUGAAUUUGGUGUUGGUGGGAGCUUUGAGAUCAAAGACAUGACUGAGGCAAAUGAGUGUCUUACACAUGGUGAAGGGCAUUUUUCUCUUGUUGUUCCAUCUCCUAUAACACCGACGCCAACACCAAUGCCUACGCCAACGCCAACACCAGCACCAAAGAACAAAGAUAAGUUGCGAAAAGGACUUAUUGCUGGAAUUUGUGGGAUGGUUAUACUAGGGUUGGUAAUGAUAGUCAUGUACAAGUUAGUGAGAAGGAGGCAAAUUAGAGCUAUGGAGAAGCAGUCUGAAAAGGAUGUGGCCUUCAAUACAUUCUGGGUUGGGAGAAGUAAAAUGCCUUCUGCAUCAAUGACUAGAACCCAACCAUACCUUGAACAAGCAGAAUAUGCUCCUUGACUUAUUUUUCUUUUUCCAUUGUAUUUUUUCAUUUUGCAUCCCAAUAUGUGUUAGUGAAAUUACUUUCAAUUUAUGAAGUAUGUUUAGA